AUGGAUCCCCGUGUUUAUAGUAGAGAAGAGCUACUCAAGCUCAGAGAAGAGUUUCCCCGCAAGAUUCUGAACAAGCUCCAAUCGAGCAACGCGGCUGAUCUAGCCAAAAAUACAGCUGGUGGCAAUAUGUCGUCUACCAAGGAUCGAUGCCUCAAGAAGGCCAACGAGGAGAUCACUUCGUCGGCGGAGAGUGACGAGGUCAUCUUCCAAGGCAAGAAGUCGCGUCAACUCAACCAGUGGCAGUACCGAGGCCGCACUGGUUCUGAAGUUACUUCCACCGAACCAGUAUCUGCUCCGGUAGGUCUCGGUGCCCAACAGAGCGAAGGAUUUCAACGCUUUUUCAAAGCAGUUGUAUCCCCUACUCAUGUUAGAGUAACCGCUGGCGGUAGAAUUGUUCCCAACACCCGUGGAUCUGUAUCCCCUACAGCAAAAUGGGACAAGGAACGUUCAACAGUUGUUGGACAAGAUUCUGUGGAGGCAUCUAAGGACGAGAAGCAUGGUUCUAGUAACGGGAUUGGUACCAGUUUCCCUCAUCCUCAUCCUUUAAUUUCGCCACCCCUCACUGGCCAUCCGCCUUUCUUCCAUCACAUGGGCUUACCCAUGCCUCUAUACCCCUUCCCUCACGGAUUUCCGAUGGCCUACGGUAUCCCCCCUCAUGGUGCAGCUUGGGCAGGUAGACAGCCUAUGCCUCCCCAGAGCCAACGAGAUGCUGAGGACGCAGAGAAGACUCUGAAGACCCAAGACGGCGCCGGCGAUAAGAAGCCGAGGCCGGCACCGAUCAAGAUUGCACCUCGAAGUGAGACAGAGGCCAACCGACCAUUCUAUCACAACGGAAAUGUGAUCUACCCCCCACCCUAUGGACCAGGCCAAGGUCCCGUACCCAUGAUGUUCACGAGCCCUUACUUCCCACAGGGCAUGGGAGGACAUCCAGCUUUUGCUAGCGCUCAUGCGGCUUCUAUGGGCCAGCCAUCUCCUGCGACGCCCAUGUUUAGUCCUAUCGCCUCGCCAGCAGUGGGUGGUCUCUUCGGUAGCGGUAACGCCUUUUUACAGCCGUCUUCCGCGCUUGUUCCUGGUUUUAAUUCGCACAUCACGUCAAUUCGACCAAGCGAGAUCACUAGGCGUCAGCUUGAAUCACUGCGAAAUUCUCUUAAGUACUACAAGGAUCAGCAGCAGUUCAAUAAGCACCAGAUAGAUGAGAAGUGGGUCGCAAAUGAAGUGCAAAAGCUUGAGAAGAGCGUGAAAGAGUUUGAGUACAACUACGAUAUGCAGUCUAGGUUCGAGGUGAUGUAUUACCCACAACCUGCAUCGCGCUCGGGACGCUCAAGCGCUAGGAGCCGCAGAGGACGUAACACGUCCCGAAAUAGCUCGGCUAGUGUUCGUGACCGUGGUCAUGGAUCGGCGCACUUGCCUUAUGAGCGAGGCAGUUCGAUGUCAAGUAACAAGAGAAGGAACCGACAUGCUAUUGGCAUCAACUCUAACAUAGGAAUGGCGUCUCCGUUGGAUAAGGAUGAGUUUUUAGAGGAACUCAUCAAGGAGAAGGUUGCCGCCAUAGAAAAGGCUGAGGCCAUGGAAAAGGGUGAGCAGACGAAGAACGCUGGAUUGCGUGGCAAUGCCUCCGUAGCAUCCAAGCCGAAGUCUGGACUGAAGCCUGAUUACAGACCUCAGUCUGAAGGCCCUGGAUCUCAGGCUGAAUUUUCGGCCAUUGGUAUCUCGCCGUUUGAUCGACGAGGUAAUUGGAAUGGCACAUGCACUCCUGGAAUGACUUCGAACAAUGGCGUUCUCUCGGAGAAUACUCAGCUGUCGCCCAUGAGCCUUGUUCCGGGCAGCUAUUCUCAGCCAUAUCUCGUUGGGACGCUGCCACAAGGAAUGAGCCCACACAGCGCUCGUGCUAAUGAUUAUGUCUACUCACGAGAGUUGACUGAAGGAGAAAAACAAGCACGAAACAGCUAUUGGGGUCAAUUCCAGAGUGCUGGAGUCGGCCUGCCGAAGUUCGAUGGGAAGGACUUUUAUCCGCCGUCGCCGGUGAAGGCUAAUGGAGCAUCAGCUCAACCUAUUCUCCGACAACCAUUACCAACGGGUAGCCUGUUCUCGGAGCUCGAUCCGUUUCAUCCUAGCCGUGACCUCCAAGGUACGCGCACGAAAGAGACAGGCCAUAGAGUGAGCAAAGCUAUCCCAAUUGUGGCCCCAAAAGAUGCCACUCAAGGUGAAUCGAAGACAGCAAGACCUUUCCUAUCGGCGCGACAGGACGAAGAUCAUGCUCAGGAUCUUUCCAAAUGGAUGAGAGGCAUGGAAAUUUCAUCGUCAACCAAGUCAGCCGAGGAAUCUGCUCCUAAGAUGAAGCAGGGCAAGCUUGGUCGCCAAGCCAUCGAGAGAUCUAGUAGCAGAUCUGGCAACGAACUCUGGCAGACCAUGCUGAAAAGGGGAUCGACCAGCGGGGCUGCACUCCCAAGUACAGUUUCGUCGACGACGGCUACGGGGUAUUUGCCCCAGUAUCAUGGACAUGCCGCAGCAUCUCUUGGUCCGACAAUCUCUAACGCGAACGGGUCCACAACCCAGGUUUCGCCCGAAGGAAGCAAGACAGCAGACCGCGCCAGCUCUCACUUAUCUGCGGAGAAAGUGGGUGAGAACCGUCGCCCGAGCGAGACACGCUCGGAGGAGUACGAUCCGCUGAAGGAUAUUCAGGAGCGCAUGCUCCGUGACGCUGAGCGACGUGGAGUUAUUGGCUCAGACUGGUGAUAACUCAACAGUCAUACUUGCCUUUGCCAACUUCACGGCGGCAGAAGAAGAACAGCUCUAUAAGUAAUAAUCUUGUUAGAGUCAUGACAGUAUGGUUAGGUUUAUCUCUUUCAGAAAUCGGCUGAUUGUAUGAAUAAGGAUUCAAGUUAGCCGAGUAGUGUUUAUUUUUCUUCUUGUCUCGACCAGAGACACCUUUUUUUUAA